CCCUUCCCCCUCCUGCAUUCAUUUUCAAAUAAUUUGGCCAUAGCAGUAGCAGCACACAGUGCAGGACAGUAAAGAUCGCGUGUCCCUCUCACCCGCGGUCUCUUUGCACAAUGAACCGGACAUUCUCGUCGAAGAUCCCAAAGAAACCUUCUCUAUCACUAGCACCUGCGAAGAACGAAGACGGCAACCAGAGGAGGAAGAAGCAGAGUACUUCUCAAAACCAGUUUCAGGACCUCGAUGCCAUUUCUAGUUGCAGCAAUAGCAAUUGCAGUGAGGCUUCUUCUGCGUCUAUUGAAGUUCCUAGAGGUUGCCUCAGGUUUUUUCUCUCUCACCACUCUUCCUCUAACUCUUCCUCUCCUUCUUCUAAUUCGAAGUCGAAAAUUCCUAUUGAAAGACCCAAAACUCUCUCCAAAACCCCCAAAUCAGCCCCAAAUGGAAGAUUCUCAAAGCUAUCAAAAUCCAAGACCUCAAAGGAAAACAAUCUGUCAAAAUCAACUGUUGAAGAAAAGCCAGAUAGACAAGUAUCACAGAAAGCGCCGAGAUUCAAGAAAAACCCACCUUGCUUGUACCAGUGGCAAUCUGGGAAAAAAACCCAUUCUAGAACUGCUCAAAAGUCGAAAAAUUUUGUAGUCUUGAACAACUGUGGCGACUCUGCGAAUAAGCUGCCGUUUGGAUCUGAAGGAAAAAGCCUGGUGAGGAUGGUUGAUGAUCCACGUGAGGCCACUGAGCUCAAACCACGGGAUGCUGAUGCAACUUGUACUCCUUUAACUAAGACAUCAAAUGGGUCAGCUUUGGAUUGCGAGGUUGGAAAGGUUGUGGAGGAGAGCUCAAACAAGAGUAAUAGUAAGACACCUCCUAUUCAGGCCUCUCUGUCGCCUGAGAUACAAUGUGGGUCAGUAGUCUCGACCGCGAUCACACCUACUUGUUAUGGUGCUGGCCACAUUGUUUCUGGGGUAGCUGACAAGAGGAAGUGUAAGCCUAGAGGGGUUCUAACUGUAGGAGAACAUGAUUUUAGCUUUGGCGGAGUUAAGCCUUUUGAUAGUUUUGAUGGUGAUGAAGAAGAAAAUGCUAUAGGAAUUGGUGAUGAUUCGACUGUUAUCCAUGAACCCACCGAGGCUUCGAUGCAUUGGCUUCUAUCUCCAUGUAAUGAGGAGGAUGAGGGUCAGAAGGAGAAUUCAGAAGAUGAUGGGUCAUGUAGACGUCGGCGGUUAGGAGGGCAUGAUAUAAUCCAUUCUCCUUCCUCACCGUCAACUGGUCAAGGGUUUUGUUCAGAUAAAGGUAAUAAGGGUAAUACGGAAAGUACUACUAAUAAUAACAGGAGAAGGGACACCUAUUUAAUAUCUCCAAAUGUACUUCCUGAAUUUGAAGGGUUAUCCACCGCGUCUUCUCCUCAUGCGACACCUAUUUGGGAAGCUAUCACUGCAAAAGAAAGUAGAGAAAACUUUUUCGAUCUUGAAGGUAAAAAUUCUCCAUUCUCCAUGGACUCUUUGGGUAGUGGAAAUGUUAUGCGAACCCCGCAAUCAGAAUCGAGCUCAGGUAGACUUGUUGGCCUGUCAUGGUUAAAUGAAGACAGUUACAAGAAAGAUCACUUUGAAUCUGAACUCAAUUUGGUGGCAGAAGUUCUUCAAAUGACAAGCUUGUCUCCCAAGAGCCAUAUAUCAAUCGGGGGUUCUUUUGACUCAAGUUUCCAAUUUGAUUGUCUAACUACUUCUUCCAGGUCCAUUGAUCUUACCCAAUUUCAGAAAAUUUUGGAUGACCAGGCUUCCUGGCUUUCUAAUUCUACUUUGGAUAACGUAUCACAAUCCCAGAUGAGAAUAUCAUGGAGGGACGGAUUAGUUAGCCGGAUAUAUGAGAUGGAUGAUUUCGAUUGUUGCAGAUGCUUGUCAGAUGAAGAGGAAGAUGCCAAUGGCUGCAGUGACGACCAGUUAAAAUCCUGUCGGAGUCCCGAUGCCAAUGUUGAUGUAGCAAGUGAUCAGACAUUAACUAUCAACUCUAGGUCUACUGAAUUUGUAGAUAAUGAACCGAGAACUGAGGGGAACGGUAAAGAACAGUUUCCUUCUCAGAUAUCAUGUCCCUGUGUAGAAUCCAUAAGCACUGAUGGAGGUGGCCUUGUUGCUUCGAGGGAUUCAGAUUGGACUCUCUGCUACAAGAACCAUUUGUUUGAAGUAUAAUCUACUACCUUCUCUCAAAUAGUUCUAAUUCUAGUAGAGUACAGCUAACUAACCUGAGUACAAAGAUGGAUUUUCUUGGUGUUAACUUAGAAUUACUACUCAAGAACCCCUCUUUUAUUCCAUUCUUUCAAUGUUUUGAGUGUUGUGUUUGCUUCAAUUUCUUCAGUUAAAUCUUUGCUUUUCAUUGUUAG